CCCUCUACUUAAUUAAAUCCACACCAGCGUGGUCGUGGAAGUGUUUAGAGUGAACACUGGUCGCGGAACCACCUUGCAACUUUCUGGGCCUCCAAAACCCGGUCCAGCCUGACAAAUUACAAUGAUAGACGCGUCCGGGGUUCCUCAGAAGGCGCGGGAGUUGAAGUUAAAGUGACUUUUUGACAGCGGAGCUGCUUCCUUGUUCGACAACGGGGUGAAAUAUCUGAACCUCCUCACAAAGAAACUUUGCUUGCUAAGCUGCUAACUCGCACACAAACCCGAGAAAAAGUACAAUCACCGCCGUAAACCCGAGCACAAGCUGCCGGUAGCGGCUCGAGUGUCGAGGUCACUCGCUGCUGGUAGCGGACUUUGCCUGGAAAUGAGAGUUAUAUGAGUCCAGCCUGGGUUUUGUAGCGGUUAUCAUCAUCAUCAUCAUCAUCGUCACCGGGAGGAAGAGUUGCUUCUGGUGACUCCAGCCAGCGGCGUUUCCACACAGCGCCCGCAGGUCUCCGCCGCAGGACGACCCGGUGCUGGGUUCUGCUCAGAGUUCGUUCCUACUGGGACAAUGUCUGGCCGAACCGGACCCGGACAGACGAGGGGAGCUGCUUCGGGUCUGCAGCCCCUCAAAGCUACGGUUCCCUAUCAGCUGGCCAGCAAGCCUCGACCCAGCCGGAGAGAUGGGAAGUCAGGAAGGGCCAAACCUCACCAGCUGAGCCCUGGGAUGAGGCGCACCAUGUCUCUGGAUGCCAUCAUCGGGCCCUACCUGCAGGGACACUGGCCGAAGGAACCGGAGGCCCAGAGCAGCCCGUCGCACAAGGACAAGUCCACUCAGCUGACCAUGCUGUGGUUUCCUCCUCCACAGACCCCAGACUCGUGGUCAGACAAGUCCCAAAGCAGGAGAGGAAGCAGCAGCAGCCACAAACGUUCAGCAUCAUGGGGCAGUGCCGAGCAUCUACGCGAGAUCGCCAAACUAAAACAACAGCUGCAGCAGCGCAGAAAACCCUCAGCCUCUGGAGGACAUGACAAAGACUGCCAGCGUGGCUAUCCUCAGGAGAGCCGUGGCCUAGGAGCCACACAGACUCAGCCCAUUCCCAUCCCUCUCGCUCCCUUGUCCACACUGGUCCCUCGUCUGCGCUGCAGUGUGGAGGGUCUCAACCAGGAGCUGGAAGGCAUGUUCAUCUGCCAACCACAACAUCCUGAGCACGGGCUUCUUGAUGUUCCGGACGGCCAUCGGGCUCCGGUCCCUCCUCACAGCUGCAGCAGCGGGUCCCAGAGUGACCCCAUCACCACACCCCUCUGCUCAUCCCCCACCUCUUCCCCCUGCAACUCUCCCAUCUCCACCUCCACCUCCCCACCUAGCUCUGAAGACGUUCCCCUGGACCUGCACCUGCAAGGGUUAACGGACAGCGCUGAGACGUGUCUCCUGUCUCCGUUCUCCACCCAGAAUGAGGCCGACCUCUCCCUGCCUCUGCUAAUGUCCUCCUCCCCAGGGCCCAACAAAAGCUGCUGCUUUCAAAGAGAACCUCCAGAGGGCUGUGAAAAGGUCCGGUUCUGGGAGGAAACAAGUGCUCCACCUGAAAACAAACCAUCUCUCAUCUCUUCCUGCCCGGACCCCAACAAGAUAAACUUCACCCCUCACGGGGGCUCUGCCUUUUGCCGCGUUAGCCUCCUCAAUUCUCUGCUGCCUUCCGUGGACCUGUUGUUCCGCAGCCUCGUCCCAGCGGGCGGUUGCUCGAACCAGAGCACGAGCUCCUGCCAGACAUCGCCCUCCGGCAGCCGGGCCGCUCCUCCGGAUCCUCCUGCUGCUAGCACCGCUGCCGUUAUUGGGGACGGCCCUGGGGAGACGCUCGCGUUCUGAUCUUUUCUGUGGUAAUGAUCAUGCAUAAUCCAAAUGUUUUUUUUGUUUUGUUUUUUUUAAAUGAUCCAGGCCAGAUUUGUUGCUUUAUUUUACAUACUGUUCAUUAGAUUUAGAUGUUCAUUCAUUCAUUUAGAUUUAAGAUAAAAUUUACAACAAAAAAAAACGCUUUAUCAAAUGCCUGUUUUGCAUUUGCACCAUUUCUGAAAUAACUUGAAUCUGAUUUUGCUUUUUCAAUUUCCCGAUCGAAAGAUCAAGUUCUUGGACAAACUCUAAUGAGGGAAGGGCGUUUAAAAUGGGAAGGAUUACUGAUUACUGACCCCUCACCUGAAGCACAGAUCUAUUUUCCCCAAGAAGCCAUUGUAAACUUGUUUGUUGAACUGUUCAUUGCAGCUUAUUAUCUGCAUCACAAUGUUGGGCGUCUGGGUCUCUUGGAUAUUAUUUCUUAAGGUAUUUAUGUGUAACUCACCCUACACUGUUUUUACACAACUCUACUUUGCACCUGGUGCUGAUGUAUGAAGCAUGACAAAUCAGUUGGGUACUUUUUUUUUUUUUACUCUAUUCAAAAGACGCAAUGAAAUCCCAUUUUUGAUUAUUUCAGAUGGAAGGGCAUUUUCCAGUUGCUGAACUUGGGUAGCAUCAAUACCUAACCUUCAGCUCCUGUUUUCCUGCUUUAAAAGUUAUAUACAAAUGUUGUUUACUAGCAGAGAAAGUAACAUGUGCACGUUAAUGGAUAAACACCUGUUGCUUCUCCAUGUUCUAGAUGUGUGCUAAAGGCAUGUGAUGUGUUCAAGGUGUCUAGUUAACUGACUAACCAGUUUUAGUGGUGUAGAGUUGUCAUGUUAAUUGUUUCUCUAAAGACAUAUAUAUUUUUUGUUUUGCUGACAAGUUGAUGUUUUAUUUCUUGUAGAAACGUUUGCACAAAUCGAACUGCUACUUUUGAGUUGCAAUUCUUAUUUUUAUAUUCACUUUUAUACCUUUAGUGUAUAUGUCAUAAUAGUAAUGUGUGUUUUCUACAUCUUUUUCAGAUAACCUGCAACAUAAGCUAAAAAAAUUAUAUAUAAAUAUAUCUGUUCAUUUUAGUUAUGUUCUGUGUGUAUAAUCGAGGCGUUACAGGAGAUGAUGUAUCUGGUGGGAGUCAGUUUGAGCACAUGGAUGCAGAGUCAACAAUCGAUACACUUUUCCUUGUUUGGGUUCUUGUUGAAAUGCUGAUUAUUUGAAAGCGUGUGUUUCCUCAUUAGCCUCCGUUUGGGUGUGGAAGCUGUAGACGAGCUGUUAUCUCAGGUUCUGUGUUCUAUCCACAUGCGCGUGAUUGAUUGUGCUGUCCUUGAUUAUUAAAGUGCUCUGGUCCGAA